AUGGCCGACAGCUACUUGGUUCUGCAAAUAUUUCUCGCGAUUGUUAUGCUUGUGGUCACAUGUGUUGCUGGUUGUGUGCCUUUAAUAUUAUUAACAGUAAUGAAGCGCAAAGGGAAAGAUCAGUCGAAAAGCGGCUGGCUCUCGUACCUGUCAUGCUUUUCCGGCGGCGUUUUUAUGGCGACUUGCUUUCUCGACAUCAUUCCCCAUAUUGGAGAGAAUUAUGAGAAGCUCGUCGACUCGUAUGAUCUGCACUUGCCGGUUCCAGCCAAUCAGGUCUUCAUUUGCUGCGGCUUUUUUCUAGUUUAUUUCAUCGAGGAAAUUACUGCACGGGUAUUUGGUCAAGAAGAUCACGGGCAUUCGCAUGGAACUCCACCAAAACAUACCGAAAAUAUAACAACUGAUGGCAACGAGUUGCGACGAAUGCGGCCGAGUAAUAACAGCAUUUCCAGUCUCGUCGUCGAAGAAGCUUCGCCUUGGGUCGUCUCCGACGAGCACACGAAUCUCCUCAAAUCGCUCACGUUCGCCGUCGCCAUGUCGUUUCAUUCGCUCCUCGAGGGUUUCGCGUUAGGUGUUCAAGAUACCGCCACUGGAAUUUAUGCGCUCUUCUUCUCAUUACUUCUUCACAAAUCAAUUGAAGCAUUUUCUGUUGGACUUCAAAUAUCGAAGACGAAUAGUGACAAGUAUAAAACAGUGGCGUUCACGAUUCUCACUUAUUCUUUGAUGACUCCUAUCGGGUCCGUAUUAGGAACAUUGUUGCAGAACUCUUCUUCAACAUCUUUAUUAAAAGAAGGAGCAAUCCUUUUUUUGGAAAGUCUAGCAGCAGGAACAUUCAUUUAUGUGACAUUCCUUGAGGUUCUUGCGCAUGAAAAAGAGAGCGGUUUUAAUAGUUUAAAACAGCUUUCAUCCAUCAUCUUCGGGUUUAUUCUCAUUUUAAUAUUGCAAAUGGUUUUUGGACAUGAUCAUGGAGCAGAACCUCACUCACAUCAGCAUUUUAACAAUGUAACAGCGCACUGA